AUGCCUAUAUGGCACAAGAAUGGUACCUGGGCACCUAUUCUGCUCAACCAUUCUGAGCGUUUACGUCGGUCUUCGCAGACACUGUCCGUAAUCGGCAGUACAGCAUAUCUUUUUGGGGGCGAAGUACAACCCCGACAGCCAAUGGAUAAUCAUAUAGAUAUCAUCGACCUUGUAGCAGGUACCCCUCAACUUGAUACGAAACAAUUGGGUCAGGCUCCCAGCCCCCGUGUGGGCAGCUCCUCUGUUGCGCUUAACGGUUGCCUCUUCAUAUUUUCAGGGCGCGGCGGUGUCGAUAUGGCACCCGUAGAAGAGUACGGCGCGCUUUGGUGUUAUGACCCCACGCCAGGAACGUGGUCCUUGAUCAAACCCUCCGAUUCCAGCAAGCCUUAUCCACCUGCCCGCAGCUAUCACUGUAUGGCUGCUGCUGGAGAUUCUCACUUGUUUGUUCAUGCUGGUUGCCCUGCAAGUGGCCGUCUCUCUGACCUCUGGAAAUUCGAUUUGACAUCCCAGGUCUGGACCCAACUCUCUGAUGCUCCACCCCCGGAGCGCGGCGGCACUUCAAUAGCAUUUAGCAAGGGUAAAAUAUACAGGAUGCAUGGAUUUGACGGGAAAGUAGAGCAGGGCGGUAGUCUUGAUAUCUUUGAUGUGGCCGCCAAUACAUGGACAACCAAGACUUUCGAUGCUAACGGACGCGAUGGGCCAGAGCCUCGGAGCGUCUGCGUGCUGCUGCCUGUCAAGCUGCAGAGAAAAGAAAAGCUGAUCACAUUAUUCGGCGAACGAGAUCCAUCAUCUCUUGGUCAUGCUGGAGCAGGCAAGAUGCUGAAUGAUGUAUGGGUAUACGACAUCGACGAAGACUGGUGGACCAAAUUGGAGCCGAGUGUCAACGGCAACCCACCCGCACCACGAGGCUGGUUCGAUGCCGAUGUUGUUCUAUCACAGGACGGCGGGAACGACCGCGUGGUAUUACAUGGUGGUCUCGGUGAGGACAAUGAGAGAUUGGCAGACCUCUGGCUGCUAUCUUUCUGA